AUGACUAAAGCAGGCCAAUAUGUCUUUAUAUGUUGUCCAGAAAUUUCAGUACGGGAAUGGCAUCCAUUUACAUUAAAAUCAGCAUCCGAAGAAGAUUAUGUUUCAAUAAAUCAUUUACAAUUACAACAAGAGUUGCCCAAAAUUAUGGUUGAUGGACCUUAUAGCGGUGCUUCUGAAGACUCGUUUGAAUGGUUCCAAUCACUAUUAAUGGCAAUAGAAGAACAAGAUAUUGAUCAAUUUAUAGAGAUACAUACAUAUCUUACUGUUCCACUACGUAAAUCAGAAAUUGCAAUACAUUUGCUAAUGAUGAUGGAAAUCUUAAGGACACCAUCACCGGUCUAUAAUUACCAACUCAUUUUUGCAGGCCAAAUUGGGAUAAGAUAA